GUGGCCUCUCGCAUGACCUCAGGGACGGCAGCAGAGUUGCGAAGUGGAAUGAGCAGCAACCGGAAGACGGACCUCGGAGCAUGGUUAGAAGCUGAUCCAAGCUAGGGGAGUGCACAUUGCCUGGUUCUGAAAGUGUGAUUCCAUAAGUUGUCGACAGAGCCCAUCAUCACAUUGUCGAUCUUCGACCUCUUUCCAUUUGCUCUUUGGAACUCAAGAGAUCAAGGCAACCGGUAUUUCCACAUCCAUCAACUGCAAUGGCUAGUGAAAAGCACCCAAAAUACGGCAAAAGGCUGCUUCCUCAGAUCUUGGAUGGCCUGGCUCUUACUGAACCUGAUCGAAUAGUAUACUCUUUGGCAUCAUUUCGAAAUGAUGCUCCGCAUUUCCGGACCAUUACUGCUUGUCUGUUUGCAAAAGCGGUUGACAAGACCGCUUGGUGGCUCUAUAAUCAAACCAGAGAACAAAGGCAAUCUCACAACGAAGGCACUGAUGAAAGUCGUGGCAAAACCAACAAGAGGAUCUUGACAAUAGGUUAUAUUGGCCCUCAUGAUCUCCGGCAUAUUCUUCUGAUCUAUGGCGCCAUCAAGGCUAACUGCGCAGCCUUGUUUCUAUCGCCCAAAAACAAUGUUGAAGGUGCUUCAGCAGUUCUCAAUGCAGCCAAAUGCGAUGUUUGGGUUAAGCCGUGGGAACAACCAGCGCUCCCUUUGGUCGAGGGAUUCACAUCGUCAAAGCCCAUGGUGAUACUUCAAUUACCUGGAUUGGAAGAGCUUCUCGAUGCUGAAACUGCUGAGCCAUUUCCGUUCCAGAAGACCUUUGAAGAAGCCGUAGAUGAGCCAUUUUGUAUCACACAUACGUCUGGCACCACGGGGAUUCCAAAACCGAUCUCCUGGACACAUGGGCUGAUUGGUACUUUGGACGCUGUACGCUUGCUUCCUCCGACGGAGGGGGAUCAUGGACUGGCCCCGUGGACUGAUAAUUGGAAUGAAGGAGAUACGAUCUACUCGUCAUUUCCAAUGAGUCAUGUUAGUUACUCCUCCCUACCAUUCACCUUGCUCCAGCCUGGGCUGGCAGAACUCAAAUCAAAGAUGAAUGCUGAUUCUUUCGAAACAUCAGGGUGCUGGCAUGCUGAUGGACAUUGUCGUGCCUGCAUUCUUCAAGCUACAUUGCAUCUUGGGUCCGCCUGAAGCUUUGCCCAACAUGGCGCUCAUGGAAAAUCUUGUGGAUCACGCAAAAAUCGACAUCUGGCAUAUGAUUCCAUCCUUGGCCGAUGAACUAGGCGAAACUUCAGAGCUUUUGGCAAAGUUCGCCUCUUCUAAGUUCAUUUGUGUAUCCGGUGGUCCUGUCAGUGCGGCUAUCGUCAAAAAAGUCAACGACGUCGUAAGAGUCAUGAACCUGACCGGAACUACUGAAGGCUUGUUCAUGGGCAAUCUUUGGCCAGAGAGAGAAGACUGGCAUUGGUUUGCCUUUCAUCCUCUCGCAGGCUUCGAAUUCAAGGAAAUCGAACCGGGUAUUUAUGAGCACUGGGUGCACCGAAAAUCUCAAUGGGACUUAUUCCAAGGCGUAUUCUAUACUUUCCCCGACCAAGAGUCUGUGAACCUCAAAGACCUCUAUAUACGACAUCCCUCCAAGCCAUACUUAUAUGCCUACAAAGGAAGGAGUGAUGACGCAGUGGUUUUGUCCAACGGAUACAAGAUCGCUCCAUUAGACACAGAAGCAUUGAUCACAACACAUCCUGCAGUUGAUGGCUGCCUAGUCAUUGGGAUGGGCAAACCGCAGGCAGGUUUGCUGAUCCAACUCAAAGAUCCUUCAACGCGGAACAAUGAGUUGUUUGAUAGCAUUUGGGAAAUCGUGGAACGGGCGAAUCAUUCUGGUUUCCAAAAGGUCAGGCUCCAACGAGACUAUAUUGCUUUUGCAGAGCCAAACAAGCCCUUCAUUCGUACGGACAAGUCAACGAUCAAGCGCCGAGCCACUUUGGAACUCUAUGCAGAAUUCAUUGAUCGCUUUUACGCCACAAGAGAUGAAGGAGCACUCAACGAAGAAUUCGAUGUCUACAAAAUAGACGCAACUUCAGAGGAAACCAUUCUUGAUUCGGUUCGGAAAGUAUUGUCUUCGAUAAUCCCCGAAGUCCAAGCUGCAUCACCGGACGAAAAUGUCUUCGACAUGGGGCUGGAUUCUCUUCUGGUAUAUCACUCUAUAAGAGUCAUUCGAGCAGCUACCGGUUUGAAAGAAAAACUUGCUGCUAGACAUCUAUAUGGAAAUCCAACGCUUUCAAAGUUUUCGGCAUUCCUCGCAACACUAAUACAACAGGAAACGAAAGACAAGACAGAUUUUCCGACCAAUGAACUUACAAAUGGAGAAGUCGACCGCCCAAGUGGAAGCACAAUUCAGCAGCCGACAAAUGAUUCGACCAAGGAACAUGGUCUUCUGAGAGCAAUACAGGAACACAAGCGGCGGAUAGGCUUCAAAAUGAAUCCAUUCGAUGCAGUGAAUCCAAACCACUAUAUGGGUUUCACCUUCUUCUUCGCCUUGCCUCCGGGUACCGGCGCUCAAGAUGCCUUCAAAGGUCUCCAAGAUGGUUUAUGCCGUGCAUUCCAAAUCAUCCCAGAGCUUGAUGGAAAAAUGAUGCACGCUCCCGAACACGAGUUCGGCUACAGGAAAGGCGAAUACUCCAUCACAAUCCCCCCUCGUUCAAUGGCAGCUACUUCUAAUCCCAGACAGCUCCUCUACAAGGAUAUGAAGCACAUUCUUCCUUCUUUCCAAGAGAUGCGAGACAGCGGUUUCUCACGUUCUCUCUUUGCAGACAGAACCGUUCUUGAUUGCUAUCCCUUCCCAGAUAUGCCCGCCGACCUCCUGGUCGCUCAUGCGAACUUCGUUGAAGGCGGAUGCAUUCUAGCAACAAACUUCAUACACACUUGCUUUGAUGGUUUAGGCGCCUUGAUAGCACUCAAGGUCUGGGCCGAGUGCUGCAGGUACGUGCAAGGAGAUUCUUCAUCAACAUGUGAUUGGUAUGACCCAGAGAGUUUCAAUCACAGUCUGCCCGAAAUUCUCUACCAGAGCGAGGGGUACUCCAAAGCCACUCACGAAGUUGACCCGGUUGUGUGGGACUUCUUGCCAUUCUUUCCACCGGAUGAGGUGGUUCAAGCCCGCGACCGCAAGAUCAAGACAAGCUCUAAAGAGCUCUCUCUGGACUUUCCAAGACCGGUCUAUCGACGCCAGCCUAGAUGGCCCGCGGCGCCUUCAGACCGUUCUUUGGCCAGUACGUUCUUUUUGAUCUCCCGCGAGAAUCUGCAAAAGCUCAAACACGAUGUGAGCUCGCACCCAGAUGUCAGGAGCAAGAGCGUAUCGACCAGCGACAUCGUCCAGGCAUUUCUAUGGCGCACAGCCAUCAGGGCACGAUAUCUGGUGGCCAAAGAAGUCCGAGGCCAAAGUUUUGGGCCGGAUGAAAUGUCCAUUUUGGAGAUACCCAUCGACGGCAGGCUGUACUUCUCCUCACGAUUGCCUUCGUCUUACAUGGGCAGCUUACUCAUUAUGAGUCGGACAAUGAUGCCUAUUGAAGAUCUGUGUUCGCCAGACACCAGCCUGGCCACGGUUGCCUCUCUGAUCCGCAGAACAAUAGCCCGAGUCAACACUGCCUUGGUUCAUGAUGCCUUCACUCUCUUGCGAUCGAUGACGGAUUAUACCAAGCCGGCGACUGCGAACAUGGGUCUGGAGCACAUGAACGAGAUGAUUUCCAACAUGAUCUUGUGGCAACCCGAAGACAAUCUCUCCUCUUUUGGCGAGGGCAUCUUCGCUGGGGGCAGGCCGGAAGCUGUCUGGCCACAGAUUGAGCGUGGGCAUCGGCGUUUUAGAUUUUCACUCAUCCACCCCUUGAGAGCAGACGGCGGUGUCGAGCUUGAAGUGGGCACCUUACCGGAAGAGCUGAAGAUGCUGCAGGUUGAUGAACACUUCACUAAGUAUGCCAGGCUUCUGGACAUCAGGCCAGGAACAGGAUGGUAAACUGAUGUAGUUGAGAGUCCAUCCACCAGUGCUAUUGGUGGAGAGUUAUCGUGCGGACUAGUGCUUGGCUACAAGUAUAUUAUCUCAAGGGUAUUGUACUCCGUAUAGCUCCACUUGGGGCGGUGCUAAGACAGAUGAUGUACUCCGUACUCUGCAAUGAUCCCCACUUUUCGAACCAAACCUCAUAAGGUAAAUACUGCACUCGUAUA